AUGGUCGCUUUCUUGAAAAGCCGGGCAGAAGCCCGAGACAAAGAACGACGGGCCCUGGUGGCCCAGGAGACGGGGCUGACAACGCUUCUGUGUCAGAAAUGGCAGCAUAAGGCCGACAAACUUGAGGCCAAGGAGGCGGGGUCUUCCAUCGAGGAACGUUUCGAAGAAGCCCUUCGAAAAAAGAAGGAGACCAAGGCAAAGGAGACCGACGGCGACGCCGACGCCGAGGAGGAAAGAGUUGAGUUCUGGGUGCACUUCCCUUACGUUUCCGUCUCCGCCGUUCCUCGUCUUGCCGCUAACACGCAGUUCGCACAGCGCACUUCAAAGCCCACCGGUUCUUUCAAAACAAAAUUCAACUCUCGUGCAGCAAACACGUCAACAACAAUGCCUACCAAACGAUCUGCAGCGCAGUUCAGCGAUAAGCCUCUGGCGCUCGGGGGCCUCCGCGGCCACCCUUUCCACAAGUUCAACUACUUCGACGACCGCGGCCGCGACCGCGAGCCCAAGGCUGCAAAGCGCUGUGGUUAG